GCCAAAAAAACCCCCCAAGAAGGAGUAAUUCAGCUAUAUGCUACGUGUUUAGCAUGCAACUGAAGUAUUCCUUAUAACUGUUAACGGUACGGUAACAAAUUUACAUAUUUAAAACCAAACUGUGACAUUGACGCUCGUUUAUUGUGACGUUUCACCCAAACGAGGGGAAAAGAUGAAGAACCGGGUGUCGGCGUGGUCUUCGAUCGAUAGAUGAACUGCACCAUGUCAAAACGUUUUCAUCUGAACACACCUCUGCUGGAGAACGUCAGCAUGUCCAAACAGCUGGGAACCACCGUCUAUUUGAAGAUGGAAAAUUCUCAGCCCUCCGGUUCCUUCAAGAUCCGUGGGAUAGGACACUUCUGUCAGCAGCUCGCCAGACAGUCCAGAGGAGUUGUCUGUUCUUCAGGUGGGAACGCAGGUAUGGCUGCAGCCUUCGUGGCCAGAAAAAUGGGGCUUCCAGCUACAGUCGUAGUUCCCUCCUCCACCUCUCAGCUGGUGGUCAGGAGACUCCAGGAUCAAGGUGCUACUGUCAGGAUUGUGGGGAAGGUUUGGGAUGAUGCCAAUGCAGAAGCUCUUAGACUGGCAAAAACAGAAGAGCUGACCUUCGUUCCUCCAUUUGAUCACCCUCUGCUUUGGGAGGGCCACGCGUCUCUGAUAGUCGAGGCUGCGGCCUCUUUGGGCCCCGGUGUGAAGCCCGGGGCCGUCCUGCUCUCUGUGGGAGGCGGAGGACUCCUGUGUGGGGUCAUCCACGGUCUAAAGGAUGUUGGCUGGAUGGAUGUGCCUAUCAUCGCCAUGGAAACAGUCGGGGCAGACUGUUUCAACGCUGCGAUUAAAGCGGGGAAGGUGGUAACCUUGGUAGACAUCACCAGUGAGGCGACGUGUCUUGGAGCGAAGACGGUAUGCCAGAGAGCUUUCGAGUACAGCCAGAGCAGCGAGCUGACCAUCAUCUCUGAGCUGGUGACUGACCAGGAGGCGCUGCAUGCCAUCCAGAUGUUCCUGGAUGAGGAGCGGGUGCUGGUGGAGAUGGCUUGUGGGGCAGCGCUAGCAGCCGUCUACAGCGGACUGAUACCCAGAUUACAGAACCAAGGUCGUCUGCCGACUCCCUUGGGCCCCCUGCUGGUGAUUGUUUGCGGUGGCAGCAGCAUCAACAUGGAGCAGCUGAGCAGCCUCAAACAGAAGCUGAGGAGCUAAACCAAUGCAUUCUGGGAAAUAUGAAACCACCCGAUCAUUUAGAAAAAAUCUAAUUAUAACUCAUUUAAAUGCAAUACUUUUUAUAUGUAAGUGUAAUAAAUAAAUUAAUUCAUUUAGGUUUCUCUGACUGCAGCUCACAUUUUCACCACAUGGUGGUGCCAUAGUUUGCAGAAGGAAGUCGAGUCUGUUGAGAAGUUUAAUUAUUUAAUUAUUGAUACAUUUUAGUUUGUUUCCAUGGAUUCAUCUUCAUAGUGAAGUGGAUUAUUUAAAAUAAAGAGAGUUUCUACCUG